AGUGAAACAAAAGACAUUCGGCCAUUGCAGACCAUUAACAGAGUGGAUAUUAUUUAUCUGGAGUGGUUUCUUGAGACGCCGUGUGAACCUGCAAUCUACAGUAUUUUUUUGGACUCAUUCAGAAGAUAAUUCUUUGAACCGUUAUGAGGUGAAAGUCUGAUACUGGACAGGUUCAUGUUUGUGGUGCAAGCGGCCCCUGUUUCCAAAAACUACAGAGCCCCUGUGUGGGGCUAGAGGACCAUGUUCCGUCCUGGUGGAGAGAGGGACUUCCAGACAUCGGCUCGAAGGAUGGGAACGUCCCUGCUCUUCCAGCUGUCGGUUCAUGAGCGAGAGUUGGACCUUGUGUUCCUUGACCACAGUUAUGCCAAGCCCUGGAAUGCCCACCCCGAUGCCAGUAGUGCACGGCCCACCCAUAUGUUGUUUGUCACCCCUAGACGACAGCCUGACCCAUCUGUUGAUUCAGACAUUUCCAUUGACGUGGAGACAGUCACACCUACAGCACUGCCUCUCUAUGACAAUCAAAAAGCACGUAGUGUGAUGAACGAGUGUGAACGUCACGUUCUAUUCGCCCGAACAGUCGCUGAUGGACCACCUCCUCCGGAUGAUUGGGAAGAACACAUUAACAAGGCUGGCUGGUCAUUGGCACAGAACAAGCUCUUUAAUAAAGUACUGAAGGCCCUUCAAGCAGAAAGACUAGGCAGACUGGCCAAUGAGGGUGCCUGUAAUGAGCCUGUCUUGCGCAGGAUAGCUGUGGAUAAAUGUGCUCGUAAGGUCCGCCAUGCUCUAGCCAGUGUCAGCUGGGACUUAAAACUUACUCAGUGGCUCCAUAGUACACUGGUGGAGUCUCUGAGUCUUGCCAUGCUGGCUGCUUAUCUUGAUGUGCUGCAGACACUCAAAAGCAAGGUACCGUCGCUGAUCGACAGGAUGUUGCUGUCAUCUUCAGUGAAAACAGGAGCAGCAGGGGCCGAGGCUCUUUCUCUGCUCCUCAAACGCCCAUGGGACCCUGCUGUCGGCGUACUCUCACACAACAAACCAAGUAAACUUCCUGGAUCCCCUCUGAUCCUGUUAGCUCCUUCAGGACCAACCAACCCCACCUUCUCUACCUCUCGACGAAUGAGAUUCUGGCAGUCUCAGCUCUCAUGUCUUGGGAAGGUUAUUCCCAUCAACGUUCACGUGGGUAGUGGAGCUAACAUCGGCAUCACACAGUGUUUAGAGCAUAUGAUUGGAAAAAUUAGAGGAAAGGUCAUCGAGGUUCACAGUCACUUUCCUCACAAACCGAUCAUUUUGGUGGGCUGGAAUGUGGGGGCACUGAUGGCUUGCCAUGUGUCCCUUAUGGAAUACAUGACGGCUGUUGUGUGUUUGGGUUUCCCGCUUCAAACAGUCAAUGGGCCACGAGGGGAUGUUGAUGAUCCGCUGUUGGACAUGAAGACUCCAGUGCUGUUUGUGGUUGGUCAGAAUGCACUGCAGUGCAGCCCAGAAAACAUGGAGGAGUUCAGGGAAAAAAUACGAGCCGACAACAGCAUGGUAGUUGUCGGAGGGGCGGAUGACAACCUGAGAAUCAACUCCACUAAGAUGAAGACAGAGGGCCUGACCCAGACCAUGGUGGAUCGCUGCAUUCAAGAUGAGAUUGUGGAUUUUCUGACCGGAGUUCUGACCCACACUGAGAGUCAUGGGCAUGGCUCAGGUGAAACACGAGAUCUGGAUUCAGAAAAGAAGAAGAAACAACGUCGUGAGCUGCCCUUUGACAUUGAACGAUCACGACCCUCUUCACCUGCUGUGAGGGAUAUGUUCAGUGUUUGCAGUAGUCCUACUGCCAGUCCCAAACCCAAGACCAUUGGUCUGUCUCCAGCUCAGAAAUCCAGCCUCAUUACUGCCACACAGCUCCUGAAGACCCAAAUGCAUCGCUCAGGAGCUGUGCUCACACACAAACAAGCACAAGCUCAGUUUGCUGCUUUUAUGAAACAUAAUAUGCUGGUGAGGAAAAGCAUUCCUCCUGGCAGCCCUUCCUGCCUCUUUGUGCCGGUGCCUAGUGAGCAGAUGGGGGGUUUGGACCAAGACGACCCGAGGCUCCACCUAAAGAGGAGACAGACUCCAAGUCCCACUCCCACCACCUCAAAACGAGCCAAGAUAAAAGUCACCAUCGUCUCCCAUGGAGACACAGCAGGGGGCACAGCUGGCUCCAUGGCUCAGGAAGGAAAGCCCCUUGGAGUGACUGUGGGGCAGACGGUAUCGGGAGCCAAAGAACUGUCUGAGCUGCUCAAUGCACAAAGGUCAGGUGGUCUGGGAGAGGUAUCUGGAGCUCUGGGUUCAAGCGAUGGGUUGUUUCAUAGCCUACAGGGCAGAGUGAUAUCAGGUUCUUCCUCUCCUGUCCAGGCUCAGGCCACUGCAACUGCUCAAGCUCCUUCUGCCAGUAGUCUGCUGCAGGGCCUCAGCCUCAGUCUGCAAGAGAUCAACACUAAAUCACCAGGCGUACCCUCCACCACACAGGUGUCAGGAGGGAAGCCACAGUGUCAGGGACAGGUCUUGAGCUCUCUCAGCCCAGGCAGCGGCACUCUAGUUCGUGCAGUACCAGUUGUGUCUACCAGCUCCGGGAUGACCAAAACCACAGCAAUCCAUCAACUUCUCACCAACGGCGGCCUGGCCAAACUAGCCAAUAGUCUGCCAGGACUGGCCCACAUAUCUAGUCAGAGCACGGGGCUGAAAGCCCCUACGACUAUCACGGUGACGUUGCGAGGUCAGCCCAGCAGAAUAGCCGCUCUCAGCCACACGGGGGCGACAGCGCCCUCUCACAGCGCACCUGAGAACCAGUGACUAGAAGCUCCUUGAAAUGUUUUGAUAUGUGAAGCUGCAAUGGCCAUCAACAUGAGAAUCCAAAGGCUCAGACAGAUGCUCUUCUCCAAGGAUCCUAUAGACAUAACCCCAGUUUAAAGACUCACCUGCUGAUAUAUGCCUUACAACCUGCAAGAACAGCAUCUACUAUAAAAGACUUGACCUUACACCUUGACCUUGUGUUAUUUUCAUAAUUCUUUGUCACACUCUGGCAUUUUAUUUUGUACAUUAUUUUCUUUGUUGUUUCUCCUUUUUAUGUAUUUAUUUCCAUACUGACUUUCAUCAUUCAAAAUGCUUAUGUGAACAGUGUUAUUGAAAAAAAUCCAUAUAUUCAUAGAUUUUAACGGAUCUAUGUUUUCCUUUUUGCUGGUGGUCUAGAUCAAAUAGGAUGUUUUGCUCGUUCAGUUACAUUGGCAAGAAUAAGAAUGUGAACCCUUUGGAAUGAGCUGGUUUUCUGCAUUAUUUGGUCAUAAAAUGUGAUCUCAUCUCCAUCAAAGUCACAAGUAUAGACGAAGCACAAUGUGCUUGAGCUAACAACACUCAAACCAUUAGAAUAUUUCAUGUCUUUAUUGAACACUUCCCAUUAAACAUUCACAUUGCUGUGGAAAAAGUAAGUGAACCCUAGGAUAUAAUAUCUUGAUAAACUUGGGAAUACAUGUUUCCCUCGAUUAUGGCAAGUGGUCAAAGCAACACCAAAUCAUGAUGCUCCCUCAACCGUACCUCACCUCUUGGAUGAUGGUUUCAUGUUGGUAUGCGGUGCCCUUUUUGCAUCAUACAUAGUGCUGUGCGUUCUCCCCAAACAAUUAAACCUUUGUUUCAUCAGUACACAAAACAUUUUCCCAGUAAUGUUGUGGAGUGUCAAGGUGGUCUUGUGCAAAUAUGAGACACGCAGCAAUGUUUUUGUUGGGAAGAAGCGGCUUCCUUCGUGGUGUCCUGCCAUGAACACCUUGCCUGUUUAAUGUUUUCCAUAUAGUAGACUCAUGAACAGAGCUGUUAGCCAGUUCCAAUGAUUCAUUCAAGUCUGUCAUUCAUUCAGCUGUCUUUCUAGGGUUCUUUGAGUCAUAUUUGUUGGACAGCCACUUCUAGUGAGAGUACCCACAGUACUAAAUGAUCUCCAUUUAUAGACAAUGUGUUCUUCUAUAAGCUCUUCAGGAUAACUUUGUAACCCUUUCCAGCUUUAUGCAAAGCAACAUUUCUUGAUUGUAGGCAUGGUCCACAUCAGCAGAUGCUCCUCGUGAAUAGCACCAUACCUCAAAUCUCGUUUCAUUAAUUGGAUGCCAUGUUUGCCAACUCCUGACUCUUAAUCAGCUUUUAUUUAUUUAAAAUGUUUUGUCAUCUUUAUUCUAGGAAUUCACUUACUUUUUCCACAGCACUGUUAAUGCUUAAUGGUAUGUGUUCAGCCUGGUCUUGAUGUAAAUAUCAGACAAAAACAAGUUCAUUUCACAUGGAAACUGCAGGGAAUUGUACCUGCAGACACGUAUAACAACUUUUGCAAAAACAUAUAUAGAGUUGCGUUUUCACUAUGAGACCAGGUUGGAUGUGUUCAAUAAAGACGUGAAAGAUUAUAAUUGUUUGUGUGUUGUCUAUACUUGUGACUAAUGAAGAUCGCAUUUUGUGCCAACCAGCUAAUUCCAAAGGUUUUACCUAUUUUUUCUUGCCACUGUAUACCCCAGAUAGGCCACGUACAUUUCCAAAAUGUCUGUUUUAGAUCUUUUCACCUGCAAGGCAUCAAAUUCUAAUUAACAUCUGAUAAACAUCUUAAAAUGAUCAGAUUUACAAACAUUCUCAAUCCUAAACAUCUCAAAGACAUCUGCUGAAUGUUUUUUUAUUUUUUUACAUCCGCAAGGAAAUGUCUUAUAGGCAUACUGCAGGCGAGUAAACAACUUAAAAAAAAAUAUAUAUAUAUAUAUAUAUAUAUAUAUAUAUAUAUAUAUAUAUAUAUAUGUUAUAGAUGUAAACACACAUCAAAUAGAUGUCUGGGUGAUGUACGUGUGCUAUCAGGGAUGUGAUUUAUUUGAUUUGGGAAAAAAGAGUUUCAUUAAAAUGUUUACUGCAUAGGACCCCAGCAGAGCCUGUCCUGUAUUUCUUUACAGCUGCAAAGCACUUGAGAGAAAUGGAUCAUUAAACUGCUGAAAUGAUGGUAAUAAAUUUAAAGCAUUAAGA